AUGAGCAGCUUGGGCCAGCGGGUGCGCAAUACCUACACGUCCGGCGCGCCGGCCAACUAUGUCCCAGGCUUGGGUCGUGGCGCCGUGGGCUUCACGACGCGCUCGGACAUUGGGCCAGCGCGUGCGCCCAUGACGCAAGACGGGACGCAGGACGCGCCGUUCCUUCCUCCCGCUGGUCGGGGACGGGGCGUCGAGAUUGCAGGCGUUGGACCCGGUGCCGGACGCGGGUCUGGGACCGCAGGAAUGGGCGGAUUCGGACGUGAAAAGGACGAUAACGAGGACUUUGGCGACUACAGUGAGACGAACUACGACGAGUUCUCGGGCUAUUCGUCCCGUGGGCUCUUCCAGGACACGCCCUACGAUGAGGACGACAAGGAAGCAGACGAGACGUACGAGCAGGUGGAUGAGCGCAUGGACUCGAGACGCAAGCGGCGUCGGGAGAUCCGGCAACUGGAGGAGCUCAAGAAAGCGCGCAAAGAAAUGCCCAAGAUCUCGGACCAAUUUGCGGACCUCAAGAGUUCUCUCCAGCAAAUGUCGGACGCGGACUGGGAUCUGAUCCCAGAGAUUGGAGACUAUUCGCUCAAGUACAAGACGAACACGGCACUGCAGAAACGCCACGAGAUGUUUGCACCUGUGCCCGACAGUCUCUUGGGAACUACUGGAGCUCGAGUUAGUGGAACGAUUACACCGGUGAAUGGGAUUGAUACACCUGCUGGCAUGACGAGCUCCGUAACGGGAUUGGCAGGCGCGAGAGGCGCUCAGCUAUCCCACAAGCUGGAUAAGAUGUCGGACUCGAUCUCGGGCCAGACGGUCGUGGACCCGAAGGGGUAUCUCACGAGUUUAAACAGUCUGAAGCUCACGAGCGACGCUGAGAUUGGCGACAUCAAGAAAGCGAGGCUUUUGCUAAGAUCCGUGACAUUGACGAAUCCCAAGCAUGGGCCCGGGUGGAUUGCUGCGGCAAGAUUGGAGGAAGUGGCAGGAAAGUUGGUGCAAGCAAGGAAGAUCAUUGCACAAGGGUGCGAGUCCUGUUCGACGCAGGAAGAUGUGUGGCUGGAAGCAGCACGAUUGCAAAAUCCGGAGAAUGCCAAGACGAUUUUAGCUAAAGCUGUGCGACACGUGCCCAAGUCGGUCAAGGUCUGGCUCCAAGCAGCGCAGCUCGAAAACGAUGACGAGCUUAAGAAGCUCGUAAUGCGUCGCGCUCUUGAGUUUAUUCCCAACUCGGUAAAGCUAUGGAAAGCUCUCAUUGAGCUGGAGGAUGUUGACGGCGCUCGGAUUCUGCUCGGUCGGGCUGUGGAGUGCGUUCCACAAGCUGUGGAUCUAUGGCUAGCUCUGGCUCGGCUCGAAACGUAUGAGAACGCGAAGAAAACGCUAAAUAAGGCACGCGCGGUUAUUCCGACUGAGCCGUCGAUCUGGAUUACAGCAGCCAAGCUGGAGGAAGCCCAAGGCAAAAAUCUCGACAUGAUUGAUCGCAUCAUUCAGCUGGCACUGAAGUCACUUCAAAAACAUCAGGUGGUCAUGAACCGGGAAAUGUGGCUUAAGGAAGCCGAAGCGUGUGAGCAUGCUGGCGCACCAUUAACAUGUGCGGCAAUCGUACGUGUUAGUUUGGAUGUUGGGGUUGACCACGAAGACCGUAAACGUACAUGGAUGGACGACGCUGAAAACAGUAUAAACCGUGGCGCACUACUAACUGCCAAGGCAAUCUAUGCAGCUGCAUUGCAGGUUUUCCCAGGAAAGAAGUCGAUUUGGCUGCGCGCGGUUGCGCUGGAGAAGAAAGUUCACGAGGGCAAGAGUCAUGAACCUGUCGAACGGCUGUUGCAGAAGGCCGUUACUUGUUGUCCCAACGCAGAGAUUCUGUGGCUUAUGGCUGCUAAGGAGGUUUGGACCAACGGAUCUGUCGAGAAUGCCCGAUUGAUCUUGCGCCAAGCAUUUAGUGCCAAUCCGAAUAGCGAGGCAAUUUGGUUGGCAGCCGUGAAGUUGGAGUGGGAGAACGAUGAAAUUGACUUGGCUCGAGCAUUGCUGGCUAAAGCACGCGCUCAAGCACCGUCGCCCCAUGUAUGGAUGAAGUCUGUGCUUUUUGAAAGGGAAUGUGCUGAGAAUCGUAAAGACGAAGAAGAUCUUGUCUUGGAAGGUAUCAAGCUGUAUCCUGGUUUUCCCAAGUUGUACAUGAUGGCUGGACAAUUUUACGAAUCCCUGGACCCACCGAGCUAUGACAGUGCAAAGAAAAUGUACCGCGAAGGUAUUCAGCAUUGUCCGACGUCAAUUCCAUUGUGGACUCUUUCCAGUCGACUGGAGGAAAAGAUGAAUGGUGUUACCAAGGCGCGCUCGGUGUUGGAGAUGGCACGCUUGAAAAACCCGAAGACCGAUUUGUUGUGGCUGGAGGCUGCUCGAUUAGAAGCUCGGUGGAACAACCCUAAGGGUCAAGAAAUGCUGAUGGCCAAGGCUUUGCAAGAAUGCCCUGAGUCGGGCAUACUCUUGGCAGAAUCAAUUGACAUUGCUCCUCGUGCGCAGCAGAAGCGUGCAUCGUUCACCGCACUGAAAAAGAAGGACAACGAUACGUCAGUGUGCUUGUCAGUCGCUAAACUGUUUUGGCAGGAACGCAAGUACUCAAAAGCACGCAAGUGGUUGGAACGAACAGUUCAGCUAGAUUCAGAUUUUGGAGAUGCAUGGGCACAUUACUACCUUUUCGAGCUUAGGUAUGGUACCAAGGAAGCGGCAGAAAAGAUUUUGAAGCGGGCGGUGAUGUCUGAUCCUCAUCACGGUGAAAAGUGGACGCGGAUCUCAAAGCAGACACAAAAUCGCCGCAAAAAGACUGAAGAGCUAGUAAAGCUUGUCAGCCUAACGUUGCCGUUUGCCGAACAACCGUAG